AAAUUCUAUCCAAAGAAUUUUCUCUUUUUUGGUGAUUCGGGUUCUGGGAAAACCACUAUCUGGGAAAAUUUGGCUGAAUUAUUAGCUAAGGAGAAAAGAUAUUGUACAAAAGCAGUUGAUUCAAAUUAUAUUGAUGAAAAACGUGUAUUCGAUGAUAGGAAUAUUAGAAGUCCUCAAAAAAGAAUUAGUUUAUAUAGAAGAUUUUUAAAAUACAAAGAUUAUACGCAUGGUUACAUGAUUCAAUUAUUAGAUCGAUACCAAUCAGGAAAAGUUGACUAUCAUAUUUCUUGGCUUAAACCUGAUAAACUAGGCGAUCUUUUAGAUUUUAUUAAUAGAAGAUUCAAUAUGAAAUUUGUAGAAGGUUUAGAUUUAGAAAAGGCAAAAACAAAUAUUUAUAAUGAUGAUUUUGAGAAUUUAUAUGAGAAUGAUAGUAUUGUUUACUUGAAACGCAAAAUUGAUAUGAAUAUUGUAUUGGGUGGCGUGAUUGGCAAUGUUAAUUUAGACAAUCAAAAUUUUAGUGUAUACAAUAGAUAUUGGCAAUUGGAAUUACUCGAUUCUAUAGUAAUUCCGAAAAUUUUAGAUUCGUUAAACCAAAAAUUACGUGAAAAAAUCAUUCAACAAUUUGAUUUAAAAGUAGAAAUUUCUAAAAAAAGAACUACAGAAGAUUUGCAAAUAGAAUCUUCUACUAAAAAGAUUCGAAUAGAAAUUAAUUA